AUGUCCACGCGUCAACUCGUUUUGGUACCAAAUGGUCACUCAUUCCUCCAGUCCCUCAGCCACUUGGCCCCUCGGUCCCUCGGCCCCUCAGACCCUCACUGCCUAAGACCCCCAGAUCCUCAGACUCUCAGCCCCUCAGCUUUCAUGCCCUGCGAACGAGUGUGUUUUACUCCCAUCGAAUGCUGUCUCCACGAUCCAACAGUCUGCUUAUGUUUUGACGAGCGCAAAGGGACGAAACAGCCUCGUGCAUUCACGCCUGGCAGACAGUGUGAGCCUGCAGCCAAUUUGCUAUUUUGCCGUACUGACACGAGAGGCACUGUACCCGAUGAACGGAAUCUUGGCCCCGACUUAGGUACCCCCUCUUCACGGUCCGCCUCACUCCACUCCCCUGACCCGCAGAUCAUUGCUCUCCUUAGACCAUCCCCAUUCCAGUCCAGACCAUCCAGUUCGCGGACACAGCCAUCGUACCUCUACUAA